CCUGGCCGUUCCCGAGCGGGCCCUCCCCGCCUACUGGGUGCUCAUGUCGCACCGGUCGCGGCACCUGUACGGCGCCGUGCUGGGCGCCAUCGGCCGCCGGCUGCGCCUGGCGCCGGCCACCUUUCUCGCCGGCUGGGAGGACGGGCUGCAGGCGGCGGCGCAGACCAUCUGGCCCCAGGCGCGCGUCAGUGGCGGCUGGUUUCACUACGCCAAGGCUGUGCUGGAUCAGAUCCGACGGGUGGGUCUCGUGGCCGAGUACAAGCAGCCAGCUACCGACUUCGGCAAGUGGGCGAGGGAGCUGCUGACGGUGCCGCUCGUGCCUGCCGACCGCCUGGAGGACGUGUGGGCCCUGCUGCUGGACCGGGAGGCGCCAGAGACGGCGCCGGAGCUGAGGCCCCAGGUGGACCUGCUGAGGCGCUACAUGCAGGAGUGGCGGCAACUGGAGGCUGAGCGGCUCUGUGUCCACGGCCAGCCCCGCCGCGUCAGCGACUACGCCAAGGACGUUGUGGCGGCAUUGGCGAGCAAAUUUUCGUCGGCGCAUCCCAACUUCUGGCUCUUCGUGGAGAAAACCAACCUUGCCAUCAACGACGCAAACAGACAUGGCGAGGCUGCACAGCUGCGGCAGCUGACGGAGGUCAGGAGUCUGCGCGACAACCGACAGCAACUCCAGGCCAAGCUGGCCUCGCUGAUCAAGGGUCUGGAAGAGGGACUUCCACUGGAAAAGUACAUCGGGGCCGUGAUACACCUCUUCCGGCGCCGGAUCGCCGCCCUCGAGACGGAGGAGCCAGACGGGUGAACAAAAAAGGAAAUCGCUACGAGCUCGUGACCGGCGGAGCACACGUCCGCCAGCGAGGGAGAGAGCACGGGCGACCGAGCCGGCCGCCGUGCGUCGGUGGCGGCAGCGGCGCAGGCUCCGCUGGCUGUCCGACCAGGGUCACGGCUGACCGGCCGGCGGAGCGCGUCCGCCCUGUACGCGCUCAUUGUCAGAGGCCGGCGCCGGUGACCGGUGCCCGCCGCGGCUGCGGUCCGGUGAGGGCGUCGUGCGGGACGCUUCAGAUGACAGGGUCUGUUCGCUGGACCGAGUGGUCAGGUGUUGAGCUAGAGACAUGCUCUUUCCACCCGGCGGGUGUCGCCAGCGUUCUAAACGGUGUGACAGAUCACGUAAGUUGUUAAGUACGUUUGCGAAGGACAUUAUUCACGUAUGUAAGACGGUAGUGUAAUAGCCUUAUUCCUCGGAGAAACACCAGGAGAAUGGAGAUAUAGAUGGGCUGAUAUUUGGGCAACAUGCCUUCAUCGAAACAGUAGCAAUAGCAACUUCUGUUAUCGUUUCGAUAGAGGCGCGUUGCUGAAGUAUCGACCCACGUUUUCCAUUCUCCCGGUUCUUUUCUGAGGAAUAAAGCUAUUACUACGGUUUUAUCUGUGUGUGAAAGAUGGGGUCAUUCUCGAUGUGCUAACUGUUACGGAAGCUUUAAUAGCGUUUAAAGAAGCGAUGUGUCAAGGGCACUUGGGCAGGUGGGACCUCCUGUCGUGUGAAGGCGACUCGUGCCUGCAAUACAGGCAGCAACAGCGCAGCUUCGUCUUGCAAAGAUUCGAGACACCACGGUGGUCCGAGUCCGUGUCAAUGCCGGUAUCAGAGGCGCGAAGUGAAGCGUGUCUUAUACAUCCCUUCAAGACUCUGUGUACCCGUCCUUAAAAGGACCAAGUAGCUACAGCUUUCUG